UUUGACAAUUCGAACAAAACAAAGAGAAAGAUUUCUCAGGAAAAUCCUUUGAAAUCUUGGCACUUUUCUUACUAAAAAUAUUUAAAAUUCUUAAAUGAAAAAAAAAGUUAACAAUAUAUAUUUAAAUGAAUUGAUAAAUUAAAAAAUAAUACAAGUAAUAUCGUUAUUAAAGAACGCAUACACAUUUGAUAACAAUAACAGGAAAAGUGCAUAGCGGCGUGGGGAGAGAAAUUGUUUUUUCUUAUCCCUUCAGAAUACACAUGUAAAAUUUCAUAGUUUCUUUUCUUAGUUAAAUUAAGAAAAACGUAGUAAAAGUCAGAACGUGUUAAAUCAUUUUCCCCGAAAUGGAACAUAAUGCCAAUGACCCGUUUGCAUCGGAAAAUAGUGGCACUGCCAGAUUUGUGGGUAGUGCUAGUGGAGACCACUCCCUAGAUAACGGCGGUAUGACAUUGGGUGCUGGAGUUGCUGGCCAUCUAGCAGCUGGUAGUGUGAAUGCCACAAAUGAAUUUCAAACUAUAAAGCCGGGCAGCGGUAAUCCUCUCAAACCGGUUGCUCGCACCGAAAUACCGUACAGUGAGCUGGUCAAAAUGUUAUAUUAUUUGGAGGGUGAAUUACAAGCACGCGAUGUGGUUAUAGCGGCUUUACGCAACGAACGGGUGAAACAAUACAUAACACAAUUGCGUUCAAAGCGUAUUCAACCUAAUGAUCCUUACGCGGCAAUAUUUCGCGAUAAAAUUGCAUUAUCUGGCAAUUUAAUAUCACGCGAAUCUUCAACGCAAGCGGCGCAAGCUGAAAUGGAAGUGCGCCAAAUCAUAGAACAGCAGAUGGAACAACAAUAUCAAAUGGUCAGUAAGCAGAGAGCCACUCACUUGCGUAUGGUCAAUAUAUUAACUGAAUCGCUAGAGAAUAAUCAACGUAUGCUGCAAGAAUUAGAAGAGGAAAAGCGUAAACAUGAGCACGACACGGCGCAAGGUGACGACAUAACAUAUGGAUUGGAAAUGGAACGCACUAAAUUGCGCCAGGAAUUGGAAGAAGAGAAAGCUCAAGUGAAGAAAUUGGAGAAAGAUAUAAAGAAAUUACAAGAAACAUUAGAAUAUGAGCGUAAUCGUCAAAAACAAAUAGUAUUACUAUUAAUAGCGGAGCGUAAAAAAAUUAUGAUGAAGUAUAUAGAAGAGGGUAAACGCUCUGAGGAUUUAGCUCAGAUUUUGGCCGAAGAGAAACAGCGCUCAGAUACCAUUGCUGAAGGUUUAGAGGAAGAGAGUAAGAAAUCUUUACGCAUGGAAGAGGAACUAGAGAAGCAAGCUGCUGCUUUUGAACAAGAACGCAAAACCUUAAAAGCCAAUUUGAUUAAAGAGGAGUUAAGGGUCAAAGACUUGGAGGAGGAAAUGAUAAGUUUGCGUACUGAAAAUGAAUCAUUAAAGAAACAACAACAUCAAAUGCAACAAAAUGCCGCUUUGGUAGCUGCUAACGCUGCUACCUCAGCUAACUUGUCUGGUUCUAAAUCUCGCGCCUAUAGCGAAGAUGGAUGUACGGUUACUCCUAUGGUGAAUAUUGCGAAAAUUGUGCAACCCACAGCCACCGUGUCUAGUGUACCCGUUUCAGGACCCACCACGGGAAUAGCACGUUCUAUUGUCCCCGGACAGAAUGUACGUACAGGUGUGGCCAUGGCUGCGACUAUUUCAUCCCUACCGCAAAUGACUGCCACCAAUGUCACCGCUGCUGCUACCGUUCCAACCAACAUUAUUAAUAAUAUUAAUAACGAGAACUCUGCAAGUAAUAUGGCGCCAGUAAAUUCGAUGGGUUCGGGCGCAAUUGUUGUCCUGAGUUCUGCGGCCACAGUAGUUGUGGGACCACCUUCUCCUUCGCCAGCUAAAAUGCAACCAACCGCCACCAUCCAGCGAGCACCUGGCGGUAAAUAUUCAGCUCUAGCUGCUGCUGCAGCGGCAGGCCACUCACUCGAUCAAGCUCCACCAUCGCUUCAUCCUAUACCCAUCGCGGUGCCACCUGUUACAAUUCCUGUUACAGUACCAGGUGUACCACCAGCCGGUGCCAGAGGGCUACCACCACCUAUACCACCCAAUAAGCCCAUAGUGCCUCCUAAACGUGAACCUUCCUUAUCACGUCUAGGCUCUAUAAGUGGUGCUGCUGCGAGUGUUGCGGCUGCCGCCGCAGCUGCCUCUACAGCUGCUGCUAACCCUAAACUUAAUUAAAACACAUUUAAAGUCAUUACAUAAAUAUUAAAGGAAAAACAAAAAACAAAAAAAAAAAACAAGAAGAAGAACAAAAAUAAUGCCGUAAUUACUUAAAGAAAAUAUUACACAUCAAAUACUAUCUCUCGUCUCUUAUUUUAUAUACAAGACAUACUUGAGUAGACACACAAAAAAAAAAAAGUGUGCACAUAAAUGCAUGUGCACUUAGCGAUAUCUAUUAAAAUAUAUUGUAUAACGAUCUUUCUUUGUCUUGGGGGGGAAAUGUCAACCGAUUGUAGAUUUAAAAAUGAAAUUAUUAUUUAUAAUCGCUGCAUGCGCAUAUACCAUAAACUUAAAUUUAAACUGCAAAGUAUUAUUAUAGUUUACCAUGCAAAAGGCAAUUAAAAAUAUUAAAUGGAAUCUCUUACUCUUAUAUCAUCUAGAAAUAAUCAUAAAUUUGAAAAAUCAAAAAAUUUGUUCUUGAAUUUACCUCGAUUAAGUACGUACGUCUUUUUAUAUAUACACUUUGUUCUUUCUUUUUCUUUUCCACAAGUCCUACGAUAUAAUAUAAUAUGAUAUA